GUUUUUCUGAAUGCGGCUUUCCUUUACGAUGCUGUGUAUCUUUACGCACUGGCACUGAACCAAUCCCUGACAGAAGGAGUCGAACCUAAUGAUGGCUAUAAUAUUAGUCAGCGAAUGUUUAACAGAACUUUCACAGGCGCUGAUGGAGAAGUGGUUAUUGGCAAUGAUGGUGAUCGGUUACCUAGUUACCAAAUGCUUAAUGUCAUUGACGGGGAACUUGUUCCCGUGGUUAAUUGGUUCCCAAGUCGUCGCAUGUUUGACAUUCGACCAGACUCGACGAUCUACUUCCCUGGUGGCAGUACUACGCCCCCUAUAGGUAGGCCCGACUGUGGAUGGUAUCAGGAAUUCUGUCCUCCAGUAGAGUUCGAUAUUACUCCAGUGAUAGUCGGAUCUUGUAUUGGAUUUGUGCUAAUUGUAGCAUUAAUUGUUUGUCUAAUACUGUACAGAAACCAUCGGUUUGAACAAAAGCUUAUGAGUAAAUUAUGGAAAAUUAGCUAUGAAGACAUAACAUUAACUGAACACCAGAAAGCCACGCAUACAAGUAUGAUAUGUAUUGGUAGCAAAUCUAGUUUUAACAAGGACAAUACAAGUUCCACGCAUCAGCUGUUUACACAGAUAGGCAAAUACCAGGGUCAUCUAGUGGCCAUCAAACCCGUCAAUAGGCGGUCUAUUCACCUCACACGUGAAGUGCUCAUGGAGCUGAAGCAGGUCCAUGAUUUCAGCCAUCCCAAUAUCAAUCCAUUUGUCGGUGCUUGCAUUGAUUAUCCAAAUAUAUGUGUCGUGUAUCAUUAUUGCAGCAAAGGCAGUUUACAGGAUGUGCUAGAAAACGACAGUAUCAAACUAGACUGGAUGUUCAAAAUGUCAUUUGCAUUAGAUAUUGCAAAGGGCAUGGAGUACCUGCAUUCAUCUCCCAUUGAGUCGCAUGGGAAGUUGAAAUCCUCGAAUUGUUUAAUCGAUAGCCGUUGGUGUUGUAAAAUCGGGGACUUUGGUCUCAAGUCGUUUAUUGCUAGUGAUGAACAACGUAGCCACGGUGAACAUGCUGAGUACAGACGUCUUUUGUGGGCGGCCCCGGAACUGUUGGAAAUAGAGAAAGGCAACAUAUUUCAAAAACAUGAAAUUGGAAGUCAGAAAGGAGAUGUGUAUUCCUACUCCAUUAUCUUACAGGAGAUUGCAACUCGUGGCGGACCGUACUGUAUGACUGAUCUAGAACCAAAAGAAAUUGCAGAAAAAGUUGCGAACCAUGAAAUUCCACCGUUUCGACCAAAAGUUACAUCUGAAACAGUAGACUCUAGGUACCUACAACUGAUGAGGGAUUGCUGGGUUUCAAAUCCCAACGACAGACCUACAUUCAGUCAAAUUGUUCAAAGACUUAAGAAAAUCAAUAAGGGAAAGCAGAGUAAUUUGAUUGACAACAUGAUUCAAAUGAUGGAGAAAUAUGCCAACCAUUUAGAAGACUUGGUGUCUGAGAGAACAAAACAACUUGCCGAAGAACAAAGAAAAACCGACGAACUUCUUUACAGAAUGCUUCCAAGAGCCGUUGCUGAACAAUUGAAACAAGGAAAGGACUUGAAACCUGAAAAUUUUGAUUCAGUUACAAUAUUCUUCAGUGAUAUAGUAGGAUUUACAGCGCUAGCGGGGAGUUGUACUCCGAUGCAGGUUGUGGAUCUAUUAAACGAUUUGUAUACUACCUUUGAUUCGAUCAUAGAGAACCACGAUGUGUAUAAAGUCGAGACGAUAGGCGAUGCAUACAUGGUUGUCAGCGGCCUACCAACUCCCAAUGGUUCGAGACACGCAGCAGAAAUAUGCAAUAUGGCGCUUGAUUUACUUACUUCAGUAACAUCUUUCAAAAUACGUCAUCGGCCAGAAAAACAACUCCAGCUACGUAUUGGAAUACAUUCAGGUUCUUGUGUUGCCGGUGUAGUGGGAUUGAAAAUGCCGAGAUACUGUUUGUUUGGCGAUACUGUGAAUUAUGCGUCGAGGAUGGAAUCUAGUGGAUUAGCUCUACGAAUACACGUGAGCCCAGAGUGUAAGACAAUACUUGAUGGAAUUGGUGGAUAUCACAUGACAGAACGAGGACCUGUCACGUUAAAGGGCAAAGGAACAAUAGUCACGUAUUUUUUAGUUGGAAGGGACAAUCACGCGAACAAACUACCAGAACUUAUAUUGGCAGCCACGGUAGACGAACACAUAUUCAAAUAG